AAUAAAAGCCCUCAAAUAACAAAUACUUAUAUACACACACACACACACACACACACACUGCAUUAAAUAUUACAUUUCAGCUUUGUAAAAUAAAUUAAAAUGAUGAAACUGUUGCCUCGAAUGUCUGAUGACACACAUCAAAGGACUGACAGAAGGUUUAAAUUAUUCCUAAUGUCAGCAUUUACUAUGCAAUGUUUACAAACUUAUUUUCCAUGAAGCAUCAGACUGGAAAUAAGCAAUUCCAAGGCAGCCAUUUUGAUAAGGACUAGCCUUUGAAUUUGAGCUGCCAGGAUGUAAUAAAAUGGCCACUAUAAGAGCUUCUAAGAUAAAAACAUGCUGCUAAAAAAAUCCUAGAAUAUAUGAAUAGCGAACUUAGAACAUAAUAUCAGAAUUGUUUUCGCCGAGUUUUAAUUUGGAUUUACCUCAUAAUUAGCAUAUAUUUUGCGAGCAAGCUGACAUGCCAAAAAUGACUGCACAACAACACUGAAAACGCUUACUUGAAAGCUAACCGCAAAUAUCACACAGCUAAAAGGCAGAUGGAAACUAACGUUAUUAGUUGCUCCUAUAAUUAAGGACGCUAACAUUAUGAGUGCGCUAGUUUCACAAACAGUACUGCCUCCACCACAAAUACAAAACAUAACGGACAGAAGACGAGGUAGCCGGAAGUGUUCCAAGGUCCGGAAACGACCAAUGUUAAAAUCUCACACGUCACUCGUUCCUCUCUAAAACACCAACAUAGAUCGUGCAAAAUAUUUUAGCCGACAAAAAAAGCAUACGCAAAAUAAAAAGUCAUCGGUCGUAACACCGUUUGAUGCAUUUUUCACAGGAUAUAAGUACGAUAAGUGCAUCUGUUUUACAAUAUAAGGGACACUCGGUCUCAUGCUAUCGCACCACGGUUGCAGUGGAAACAGAGUCUGCUAACUAGCUGUAGCUAGAAGGCUAACCACUGGAAAACAGCGCAGAGCUGCUGGGGUACAUGAACGAGGGGGGCAGGGUGGGAGAGAGUAUAGCAGGCCCCGUUCAUCUUGACCAGGCUAAAAGAUGGAUGCGUAGUGAGAAGAGAAGUGGCAGAAAGAACAUUUUCACAGCCCCCAAGAAUGGUAGUGGAGGAUUUUGCUUUCAACUAUGGAGAAAAAAAAGACAAAUAUAUUAAUUGAAACUUGGAAACGGAGAUGUAGGCCUCACGUGGAUUAAGAAUGAAUAGAUAUUCAAUGUAAUAAAACCAGCCCAUGGGAUUUGGAUAUAUCCAUCCUACAGUGGGAUGGUCAUGAACUGAAAAAUGUAACCAAGCAAGUGGAUAUUUUUUAAUGAACUCAAACUACAUUAAGCAUUUUUAGUGCACUUCCCAAAAUGUGAAAACAUAAUUGCAUCUUGUGCAAUUGUGCCAUUUUCUACCAGUCCAUAUGUCUUUGCACUCUUAAGGAACAUUCAGACUGAAAUAUUUAUAUCAAAAGUGAACUAUCCGAAAUAACUGAUUAGCCUAUAUGGAAUCCAAUGUGAAGCCAAAAGGGAGUUGAUUCAAGUCAUUUCAUAAGUGACAAAUUCUAUUGAAAACAGCUUUUUGAAGAAAUGGCAAAUUCAUGUUACAAUGAAUACAAAAUGUCCUUCUCAACUACUUGCCAAAAGAGUGAAAAAGUGGGUGCCACUGGGUAGCACUGUUUUUGAAAUUGCCUCUGCUUCUGACUUCAACUAGUAGGAAAGCAUCAAAUAAGUUUUGUUGCUGCUCACAGAGCAGAAGGUGUUGCCACUGCGCACCCAUGUAUCAGUAACUGGGAGAUGUUCCAGUUUGGAAAAUACAAUGUGGACAUCAUAGAGAUGCUGAGUGGACACCAGUCCCAUCAGUUCAAAGGUCUUGGAUUAGAGCGACAGCUUCAACACCAACAGCAAGUGCAGCUUCACCAACACCAGUUACAGCAGCAGCAACAGCAGCAAGGUGAGACAUCUGGGUCAAUCUUGUCUGGACUUGGCUUAGGCCCACUACAAGGAUCUAGAGGCAGUGCCUUUACAGAUUCUGCAUCAAUUUUUGCAAAAAUGAGUGCACCUCCUCCACCUCUACAACAGCAAUCCCUGUCUUCAUCAUCUCAAAGUUUGAGGAAAUCCAGCAAAAUGUCUGGAAGCAGUAGCAGUGGUGGAAGUCACGUGAGUGGAUACCCUCAGUUUUUGCGCUCAUUCCACCCAACUGAGGCGACCCUUGCACAAGAGCAAUUACAUUCAGGAGUAGGGCGAUUUGAUCAUUUUGCUAGCAGUAGUGCAAGUGGAGGACUGGUCUCAUCUGUUCCACCACCACCACCCCCAUUGCAUCCAGGCCUGUCAGUACCUCAGGCCUCCCCUGGGCCACCGACCUCUUCCCCAUCUCCUUCAAGUUCUGUUUCAACAUCCAAUAACCCUCCCAGCAGUAGUGCAGUGACUACCUUGGGUCAUCAGUUGGCAGGAUCUCAGUCUGACGCUCGAAGCCUACAUCAACAGUUUAGCUGCAUGUUAGCGGCAAAUCAGUAUUUUCUUUCUGGAGUACCAGCCAAUUCCAGUCUAGAACAAUUUUUAGUUCAGCAAGGUAGUCAUAAUCAUCUUGGUCUUGGUCUGGGCCAAGCUGCAGGAGAAACAAGUUCAGCCCUUGCUCCACCUCCUGCUCUUCAUUCUUCACACACUCAUGGACACUCAACCACUCUAUCACAGCCUCAACAGCCACCAACACAACAACAGCAACUACCACCUCACACUUUGUCUCAUGCUCACCCACAUCCACACCAUCCACUGCACUCCUCCUCGCAGACUUCUUCACUUGGAGGGUUUGACUUUCAAGGAAUUCCAGUACUCUCCUCCAACCAGCUAGCAUCUCUUAUGCAGCAGGAAGCUGGUUUGCCACUUCCUCUUCCGCUACAUCUUUCUUUAUCAAAAGACGAGGGAAAAGGGGAUAGUGCUGUCGGAGGAAGUGGAGGAGGUGGUAGAAGAAAGAAAGCCAUGGCUGGCUACCUGCCACAAAGAAAGGCUGAAAACAACAACAACAAUAGCAGCAACAGUCACAGCUCUACAAACCCUAACAGUAGCACCUCAGGGGGACUGAACCAGGAUAGCACACCAGGCUUGGAUGGAGGUGGGGGUGUUGGUUUGUCAGGUAUUGGCGGAGACCCAUCUUCCCACCUAACCUCUUCAUCCUCUACUUCUGUUGUUUCAUCAUCUUCUGCAUCCUCUUCUACAUCAGUCUUGGUGACAAAUGGCUCUAAAACAGACAGCCAUGGUUCCAUGCCACCUCAAUCUCAGCCUGAACAAGAACCCCUUUAUCAUUGUGGCGAGUGUGGCAAAACUUUCACACAUCUCUCUAGUCUGCGUAGGCACCUACGUAGCCAUGAAUUAACCACAGCUGGCACAAGUGGCACGAGAAGUAACAUUUUAAACCCAGUUCUGCAUCCUUCCGAUCCAAGUAUUCCCCACUCUACUCAAGACAGCUCAGCCUCAUCUUCAUGUGGCAGUCAUGACAAGACUUUUCAUUGUUCUGAGUGUGGCAAAGCUUUCAAGAAAAAAGGGCACCUCCUUCAACACGGGGUCAUCCACUCUGGGGCUCGGCCCUAUGCCUGCACUACUUGUAGUCGUGCUUUCAAUCGCCGUGAGUCACUCACCCGCCAUGAAAAAAUUCAUGAAGAGAAACCAUUCCGCUGUCCAGCUUGUGGUCGCUGUUUUCGGGAAAGUACGUCCCUUUUGAACCAUGCAGCCUCUGGCACCUGUGGCAAGUCAGGACGUACAGCGAGAUCUAAGCAUGAAAAUAAUGUAGUUGAAGGCAAGAGCAAUAAAGCUGGGGGCUCCCAAGAUGGAAUAGCGACUAAUGCAGCGGGUGAGUAAC